GUAUAUUUUAGAGUCUGGCAACAUCAGACGCGCGGCGGUCGCCCAUUUCUAUGAAGUUGUGUAAUGUUUAGUAUUUUGAUAAUAUAAAUAUUAAAUAUUUUAUGACUUUAUUGCUUUACGAAAAUAGUUUUAUUUUGUUCGAAAUUUGUUUGCUUUUGCAUCUCUGAAAAUGACUUGGGGUUUCGUUACUUGCGGACCUAACGAAGCACUUGUGGUGUCCGGAUGCUGUUACUCGAAGCCGCUUUUGGUGCCGGGCGGCCGCGCGUUCGUCUGGCCGGCUAUCCAGAAUGUCCAGCGGAUAUCCCUCAACACCAUGACGCUGCAGGUGGAGUCGCCCACGGUCUACACCAGCCAGGGAGUGCCGAUAUCAGUGACCGGUAUUGCGCAGGUGAAGAUCCAAGGCCAGAACGCUGAGAUGCUGCUCUCAGCGUGUGAACAGUUCCUCGGCAAAUCCGAACAAGAGAUCCAGCACAUCGCGCUAGUCACCUUGGAAGGCCAUCAGCGCGCUAUCAUGGGCUCCAUGACCGUCGAGGAAAUAUAUAAGGACAGGAAGAUAUUCUCAAAGAAGGUGUUCGAAGUGGCAUCAAGCGAUCUAAUCAACAUGGGCAUCACAGUGGUCUCCUACACGCUCAAGGACAUUAGAGAUGAAGAGGGGUACUUGAAAGCGCUGGGCAUGGCUCGUACAGCGGAGGUGAAACGCGACGCGCGCAUCGGCGAAGCGGAGGCGCAGGCGGACGCGAAGAUCAAGGAGGCCAUGGCGGAGGAACAACGCAUGGCCGCCAGAUUCCUCAACGACACCGAGAUUGCCAAGUCGCAACGGGAUUUCGAACUGAAAAAGGCUGCUUAUGACGUCGAAGUACAAACUAAAAAGGCUGAAGCAGAAAUGGCGUAUGAGCUGCAAGCAGCGAAGACGAAACAACGCAUCAAGGAGGAACAAAUGCAGAUAGCUGUAGUGGAGCGCUCGCAGGAGAUCAACGUGCAGAAGUGGGAGGUGCAGAGGAGGGAGAAGGAACUAGAGGCCACAGUGCGAAGGCCUGCGGAAGCUGAAAAAUUCAAAUUGGAAAAAUUGGCAGAGGCGCAGAAGCUGAAGACCGUGCUCGAGGCAGAGGCGGAGGCUGAGGCGGUCAAAGUGCGCGGUGAAGCGGAGGCAUACGCGAUCAAGGCGAAGGCAGCUGCGGACGCGGAACAGAUGGCGAAGAAGGCGGAAGCGUGGAAGGAGUACGGAUCCGCCGCCAUGGUCGACAUGAUGCUCGAGACACUGCCUAAGGUGGCAGCGGAAGUGGCGGCUCCACUGUCGCAAGCGCGCAAGGUGACCAUGGUGUCUUGCGGCGGCGGCGAGGUGGGAGCAGCCAAGCUCACGGGCGAGGUGCUCAACAUCGUGCAAUGCAUCCCGGAACUGGUCAAGGGCGUCACGGGCGUGGACAUAUCCAAGGCGGUGGUGGAACCGCCCGCGGCGCCGACUCCGACCGCCCGCGGCGACUCCGCGCGAAAGGCACGAUAACUGUCCCACACUCCUAGACAACGACUCGCUGCACAUUGAGGCUGUUCGCGCACUCUAAAAGCUGUUUUCUGCAUAAAAACCACGAUAUUAACGUUUCUUCGUAACAUGUAACAGAGUAUUCUUUAUAAUUUUGUUUUAUUUAAAGUUUUAAAAAACUAUACUUAGAUAUACUUACAUUAUUUUUUUUCUUAUUCAUGUGCCACUUUUGGAACAUUAUCUUUUGUUUUGUUUGUUAGUUGGCUUGGGAUGUGUUCACAUGCGUCAUCGGGUUAAAGGUUGGUUGUUGUGUGUGUGUCCAAGGCGUUAGAUGUCAAUGGGAGUAAACUGGUGCGACGCGCCUGACUAGCGCGUAGAACAUUUGUAACAGGCGGUUCUUCCCUCUAGUUAAACAUUGACAACAAUCCACGAAACUAAGGAGACUCACCGCUCCUUUGCCCCUCCACCCCCCCCUGCGGACUCAAACAUCUCACUACUAUAAUAGUUAUUCUAUAGUACGUAAUUAUAUGUAAGGGAGAACACCAAAGUUUCAAACAGGACCAAAGUUAAUUUGUACAACUCAUUACUUACAACAAUUUAUUACCGUUUCUUUAUCAAUAGUGUGUAAGACUGUAAGAGGUUUGAGGACGCGCGCGGAGGUCGCUUGGAACAAAUGUUUGGAGACCAGACCGUUGGUGAUUUGCGUGUGAACGCAAUCCAGCGACAGUUGUUAACUGUUUAAUUUAACAUCACAAUAUGGUGCCAUUUAUGAUUUAUUGCAUGUUUUGUUUUUAUUUCGGUCCUUGUGACGUUAUUUUAUGCAUGUUUCGAAUAGGGUAUUUUAUAAGUAACAGAAAGAUCACGAAACGGAAAAUUAUUAUUAUCAAAAUUGGUUGUAAAUAUUUGUAGAGAUAUUGGGAUGAGGAAUAUUGGAGCGUAGUAAAAGUAUAUCGCUAUCCCUUUCGCACGCGUUGAUUUAAAUAAUAGUGAGGUUACACGUUUCGAAUACAUCCUUUUUCUGUCUUUCAGAAGAUUAUAACAUUCCUCAAUGAGCGAAUUUAUUAAAUGAUUUUACCGGAAUAUAUGACAAUGUAGGUAUUUUUUUUAUUUAUUAAAAUACCCUAUUUUUCAAUUAUAUUAAUCCCUAUAGAAGUAGUCGUAAGGAAAUAUAUUUUCGUAACAAGUCGUGAUCAGUAACGAAAUGUACAAUUACUAUUUUUAAAGCAAUACUCAAUCGGCGGAACCAAUCGAUCUGUGCAAAGGCGAUGAAAACUAUUGUUUUUUAUUGUUUUAUGUUAUAUCACCGAUACUGUGUGUACACGCGCAACUGUCAGUCACUUCUCACAGACGCAGGCAGCGUAUCUACGUGACUCCAACAGCGUACUACCGCACAGAAAGCCCCGCCUUCCUUUCAAUAACCAUUCCAGAUGUGACUAACAGUUAUGCGUUUAUAUUGCAUUUGAUGUUCAUUGCCCUUUAUUUUUAUAUAAUUGGAAAUAAAACUAAUCACAAAGUCUUAGGUAAACACGUUUUAUCAGUUAGUGUUAACUGUUUUGAAAACGUUAUCAAACUGUGUUCAUUUGCUUUUCGUGGAGAAAAGCUGCAAUGGAACUUGGAAUCUUGCGAGCUCAUGUUUUAGAUCAGACACGCGACUGUUGUGCCUACGAUGUAUUCGAUUGGCCGGUAAAUUGAGCUUGCAGCCUUUUAUAUUGAGCAAUAAAUUACAUUUAGCAUAAUAUUUUCGGCGAGUGAGUUGUGUUUCGUAGUGCAAGUGCGACGAAAAAUAAUUGUUGUCUAGAGUACGUUACAAAUGAACUAUGUAAAACAAUAUAUGACCAAUUGCCUACAUUUUUUUCCAAGGUAGAAAAAUUACAAAUGACUGUUAUACAAAAAAAAUAUAUACCUAUAUUUUUUUAUUUAGCUAAACUGUCGUUAGGGUAAAGAAAAUAUUUGGUGUUCAAAAAGUGCAGUUUAGAAAUUCUAAAAUAAAUUGUAAAUUAAUGCAUUGGUACACGUUAUUGGUGCACUUUUCUAAAAAGUUUUAUUGACGUGCUAUUUGAGUGAUAUUUUUUUACUUGUAGGUACAUUUUAAUUGUGUUUAUUUUAUCCAUUUCGGUCUCGUCUAGUUAAUUGAAAAUUCUACCAUCUAUGUAUAUACGUAACACAGUUACCUGUUUUAGUUAUAGUGUCGACCUUUUAUACACAGUCGAAGUUAACAAAGAACCAGAUGAAUUAUUUUAUCAUCGCGAAAUGGUUUGAAUAUAUUCGUCGCGCUGUACAAUAACUUCUGCCGAGCGCGUCGCUUAUAUUGAACCAUUUUCUCGUCUGAAAUUAUGUUUGAAUCUCCUGUCGUGAGACAUUUGUCGUUUUGUAGGUUUGUGGCAAUAUAUAACGCGUUGUAGAUGCUCUAUAUAAAGCUCUGGUCGGAGGUAAAGCGGUCCGCCUUGAUGUAGUCUUAUGAUAAACAACUGCCAGACGCAAAGACGAACACCUCUAUCUCCUGUGUUUAUGGUCUUAUAGAAUAGUUCUAUACGAAAUAUAUAUUUUUUAUUUUAUAUUUAUCCACCAUAUUUACCUCAUUUAUUGUAAAUCGGCUUUCGGUGCCAUUAGAUCUUUUUCUGUAUUCUUCUUUCAAUUAGCUACUAUUUCAUAGACGUAGAAGUCUAAUUUAACAGAGCUAGAAUGCUUAAUAUUAUUUUUGUAUGUCUAUUUUAUUACUCCUAAGCGGCUCGUUAAGUGUGACUUUUCGUAUGGUGUUCUAAACCGUGUCGUAUGUAACUGCCAUUGGCCACCCGAUUGCGUGGAGUUGGCGCGUUGUCUAUGGAUUUGUUUUGGCAAUAGACAAGCGCGCUCCGCAGAUACCAGUAUCGCGGGUCAUCGCGUUGAACACCUAUCUACUUGAGAUAUAAGUGGUUUUAAUUUCUAUGUGUGGCGCAAUAACUUUCUCAUUGUCUUUAUAUUGUUGCAAUGAGAGUGGCACAAUUAUUUAACAUUUUUUUUGUGUGGCUCGCAAUUUUUCAACAAUGUAUGUGUAUGAUGUGAUUUUUAUUAAUGUAUAUUCAUUAAAAAUGUCAAACGAA